AUGGCGAAAACGAUUUUCGAACAAGGACGUAACAACUACGUAGUCCUCAAGAACAGAUCAAGGAGAACGAUAAACACGUUUCUGGAUUUAGUUCAGAUCAUGAACGAGGAAAUGAGCAGAGAGCUAAGAACGGCAGUGCUGAAGUUCUACAAGAUCAGUUACUUCCGCGAUUUCUCCAAUUACAUGAUCGCGAUGGAGGAGAUAGUGGAUAUAGUGGAGCAUUGCCUUCAAGAUCCCGUGGAGAAGUUGGAUCAGGUUCGAGCGCAGUUUCACGAAGUCAUCGAGAACUUCCAAGACGUGAGGAAUUUUCAAACAAUAGAGAGCUGCCACGCUGAGCUUCCCGAUGAGGUGGCUGUGGCCCAUUGUUUGUUACACCAGGCUGUGUUGCUAAAUCAAACGAUGCAGGAGAAUCUGGUGAAGAUCGUUGAGAUUAAAACAAGACAGCACGCUCAGGAUAUGAAUUAUACGAUCCACGAUGUCCGGAAUUGUUUAAGGGGUUUCGUUCCUAAUUUCUUCAAUCAACUCCUCUCCGAUUCUUACACGAAACAGUGUGUACUCCUCAAGGUCGUGACCGCGUCUAUAAAUGACAUGGUCAAGGAAACUUGGGGCAGUAACGGAACUCUCUUUCCUGAUAAAUGGCGACCCUUGAUCACGAUUUUAAAGAAGAAAGCGAGCGUCCCAAAAAGCACUUUGAAGGAAUCGUUAUUUUCAACGUUGAAAGCCGUAAAUUUAACUUCAUCUGAAAUCGUACAGUCUCUGUACAAAUUCAUAUGA